GGGGCGGGGCCCGGGGCGGGGCGGCGAUGAAUGGAGCGGGCUCCCCAGCCCGGCCGGCGGCGCGAUGAUCGCGGUGUCUAUCCCCGCGGUGGGGCCGGGGGCCGAGGCCGAGCCGAGCCCCGAGAAGACGCACACGGUUGUGCCCUGGUGGCGGAGGGGGGCGGCAAUGCGGGUGCAAUAGUGGCACCCCCGGGAGACAAGCCCCACUGGAGAGAACAGGGGGCUGGAGCAGGAUGAGCCAGGUGUUUACGGUGGAGGUGCUGUGCAAUGGCCGGAAACAUACCAUUGAGAAGCGCUACAGCGAGUUCCAUGCCCUGCAUAAAAGGAUAAAGAAGAUGUGCAAGGUCCCAGAUUUCCCCCCCAAGCGAGUCCCCAACUGGAUGUCAAAGGUGCAGGAGCAGCGGCGGCAGGGCCUGGAGGUUUACAUUCAGGGCGUCCUGUACUACAACAAGGAGCUGCCGAAGGAUCUGCUGGAUUUCCUGAAGCUCAGGCACUUUCAGCAGGAUGCCAAGGCCAGCAGCCUGGACCACGGCUUCCUGCUCUCCCACCGGCCGGUUAUGAUCUUCCACAGAGACCCAUAUGUGCUUCCCUCCUCUACAGAGCUGCUGCCAGACAUAGUUCUGAGUGGUGUGUUGCGAGGCUUCUACAGACCAGCAAGCUCCUGCUGGGGGAAGGCAGUCCCAAAGUGCUUGGCAGAGCCCCAAGUGCUUAGCCAGCAGGGCUCAUGAGGAUAUCCACCACAGAGCCAUUGCUCAGGCUUCACCAGCCCCACUACUGGAGUGGGAGCACCGCUCGGUUGUCCUAUCUAGGAAUUGCUGACGUAUCUCAGUGGCUGUGCCUUCCUUUCCCCUGGGACUUGUUCCUGCCUUCCCACACAUGGGGUGGACAAAAGGGGGAGAUGCUGCUGAGCCUAGGGGCUGGUGCCUAACACACAUGGAGAUUGUGCUGGAAGCUCCUGAGGGACUGUUCUCAGUGAGCACUUGUAACGAAGGGGUAGCUGUCAGGCCAGACCCUAACUGCUCCAGCAGUGCUGUCUCUGGCCAUAGCAAGUGGAAGUGCUGCCACCUGCACUAUGGCUGGGGUGGCCAGGCUCCUGCCCCUGCCAGGCUAGAUAGAGCCUGGGGGGAGGGGGAGAUGGUGUCCCAGACCCAUGCAGAGCCCCAGGAUUGGCCUCCUGCAGGCUAAAGGGAACUGUGCAGAUGUAUAUAGGCAAUAAAUCACUCAGGUCUGGUUUGAAGAUAGCGGCUGCACUGUAUUUAUCUGGGACUAGAACCCAUAAACUGUGUGUAUAACAUGCCCUAUUUGGCCUCAGCCAAGGGGCAAAAGAAGACAAAAGCCUAAUUGCAACUACAGGAUUUUCUCAUGGAUAAGGUACUGGGCAGAGCC